AUGUUCACAGAAGAUUUGGUAGAUGAAGCCAAAGAUUUCCACCUGAUGCCGGAGCGGCGUCCUCACCUGCCUGCCUAUAAGACCAGACAGAGGUGCUGCACGUCCAUCUCAGGACUCAUUUAUGCAGUGGGAGGACUGAACAGCUCAGGUGACUCUUUAAACGUGGUUGAGGUUUUUGAUCCAGUGGGAAACUUCUGGGAGCGCUGUCAGCCAAUGAGGACAACUCGCAGUAGAGUAGGCGUGGCUGUUGUCAAUGGACUGCUGUAUGCUAUUGGUGGAUAUGAUGGCCAAUCACGUCUCAGCACAGUAGAGGUGUACAACCCAGAGACAGAUAGCUGGGCGCAGGUGUCAAGCAUGAACACCCAGCGCAGUGCCAUGGGAACCAUUGUCAUUGAUGGACACAUCUUUGUGUGUGGCGGCUACGAUGGAAAGUCCUCUCUGAAUUCAGUCGAGUGUUACUCUCCAGAAACUGACAGGUGGACAUUUGUAACGGAAAUGAGUGUGAGCCGCAGCGCUGCUGGUGUGACAGUGUUUGAUGGACGGAUCUUUGUGUCUGGUGGCCAUGAUGGUCUGCAGAUCUUCAACACGGUGGAGUACUAUAACCAUCACACGGACCGCUGGCACCCGGCAGCGGCCAUGCUGAACAAGCGGUGCCGCCAUGGGGCAGUGUUGCUAGGGAGCCACAUGUACGUGGCAGGCGGGUACGACGGCUCGGGCUUCUUGAGCAGUGUGGAGGUGUUCAGCUCCGCCUCAGCUCAAUGGAGCCUCCUGGUGGCCAUGAACACGCGUCGCAGCCGGGUGUCACUAGUGUCCACGGCGGGACAUCUUUACGCCGUGGGCGGGUACGACGGGCAGUCUAACCUCAGCUCUGUAGAGAUGUACAAUCCUGACACUAACCGCUGGACCUUCAUGACCCCCAUGGUGAGUCACGAAGGUGGGGUCGGUGUUGGCUGUGUCCCCCUGCAGCCGGCCUAA